AACGGACGACAUGGACGUGGAGCGUGAGCGCAGAGACGAGUUAGAGUCACAACAAACCACUAUACUCGGCCGUGUGAGCAGUCUGUUCAGAGGCUCUGGCGGAGGCUCCACAGACACCCAACUAACGUCGCAGAUGGCUUUGUUAGCACACGAUGAUGACGAGGAGACCGACGUGGAUAUGAUAGCAGGUCAUUUCGACGGUUAG